AAGGAAGAAAAGUCAAAAGAAUAAGAGUGGCGAGUUUUCCAGCAGCAGGACGGGCGCGAUUUGGGCAAACUAAUUUGUGCAAAAUCACCACCGAAAAGCAAAGAAUUUAUCAAUGAAAUCCGCUCCGUCGCGGCUGUAAUCGGUGAAGUGUGUUGAUUUGAUUGAAUAGUUUCCGUAAAAACGCGACCAACUGUUCCUGGAACUGCCUCAGCGGAAAAGUGUUCUGGUGAAAAGUGAAGUGAGACUCCCAUCUUUUUUUUCUCCCUGCUGAUUGGUUUUGAUGCAAUUUCAUUAAUCCGUGACCGCCAAGUGCCGAAAAGGAAGUAUAAAGAGAAACAUCUGUUUAUUUAGUGAAGUCUCUAACAUAAAUAUAGAGAGGUUAAAUGUACGCAACGUACUCGGGAGCACAAGAGUAAGGCGUGUAGCCAAAGGCUGAUAAAUAAAUAAGAUCACCUAAUAUAAACAAGUGAAACCGUGCGGCGAGCAGCAUCAGAAACAGAUACAUCCAUUGCAUUGUGCAAAGAGAUAAGGACAGUGGAAAAGAAGAAAACUAUCUCGUACCUCUCCAAGGAGCUGUAAUUUUCUUCAGCUUUAAGUAAACCCACAGAGCAUAAUAUCCUUGGUAAAACGUUGCGUGACGUUAAAUAAAAAGGUGCUAGUCUUUUCAAUACGAGACGGGAGUAAGUGAAAAAGAAAACCAAAACACCAUGGGAUGUGCAUCGUCAGCUGAAGAACGUGAGGCAAUUGCCCGCUCGAAACAAAUUGAACGAAAUCUGAAGGAGGAUGGAAUCCAGGCAGCUAAGGAUAUCAAGCUGCUGCUGCUGGGGGCCGGUGAAUCUGGAAAAAGCACAAUCGUAAAACAGAUGAAAAUCAUUCACGAAAGUGGCUUCACGUCGGAGGACUUCAAACAGUAUCGGCCAGUAGUGUAUAGCAACACAAUCCAGUCUUUAGUGGCAAUAUUACGGGCGAUGCCCAAUCUCAGUAUCGCAUUCGGAAAUAAUGAACGAGAGUGUGACGCGAAAAUGGUGUUCGAUGUGGUGCAACGGAUGCACGAUACAGAACCGUUCUCGGAAGAUUUACUAUUAGCGAUGAAAAGACUGUGGUCGGAUUCCGGAGUACAGGAAUGUUUUUGCCGAAGCAACGAGUACCAGCUUAAUGAUUCUGCUAAAUAUUUCCUGGACGACCUGGAUCGAUUGGGAGCGAAAGAUUAUCAGCCUACUGAACAGGAUAUUCUGAGGACACGAGUCAAAACCACCGGUAUCGUGGAAGUGCAUUUUUCCUUCAAAAAUCUAAACUUCAAACUAUUCGACGUCGGUGGACAGCGAUCGGAAAGAAAGAAAUGGAUCCACUGCUUCGAAGACGUCACCGCCAUCAUUUUCUGCGUUGCCAUGUCAGAAUAUGAUCAGGUGUUACAUGAAGAUGAAACAACGAACCGUAUGCAGGAAUCGCUGAAGCUUUUCGACUCGAUCUGCAACAACAAGUGGUUCACGGAUACCUCAAUUAUUCUGUUCUUGAAUAAGAAGGAUCUCUUCGAAGAGAAAAUUCGGAAAAGUCCACUAACAAUCUGCUUCCCCGAGUACACUGGUGGCCAGGAAUACGGCGAAGCGGCGGCGUACAUCCAAGCGCAGUUCGAGGCUAAGAAUAAGUCCACAUCAAAGGAGAUCUACUGUCACAUGACCUGUGCAACGGAUACCAACAAUAUCCAGUUUGUGUUCGACGCCGUAACCGAUGUUAUCAUAGCCAAUAAUCUGAGAGGAUGUGGUCUGUACUAAGAAGUCCAACACUGGGGCUGUGGUUUGAGCAAACCUCCUGUUUUUGUUUUUCGUUUUUUUGUACUAUUAUGCAUUAAUUGGGAAAUGGUCAGAUGUGGACGACGGUAUUUAUUACAAAUUUGACUAUAAAUAUUACAAAGUAUAUAGAAAUGCAAGAAUCAAGAGGAAAAGUUUAUAUUAGGAUGGAGUUAGGCAAGUCAGAUAGGGAACAGUAAAUUGUUUGAGUGGUCUCAUUAGGACAAAGAUGAGCUUGAGUGUCUUUUGCUUGGGACACAGAUUUGAUUGCAGAUGAGAUUACUAGAGAGAAAGUGUAAACAAACGUUGGAAGGUGGAGUUAAAAGUAUGAAUAUCAGUGUUCAUGAAAAAGUACAUAUUUUAGUAUCCUUUCGAUUAAUUGUAAUCAGACACAACACAUUCACGCUUGCAUGCCCCUGGACGAUUCACGACGAUGCGAAAGUAUUUUUACUGCAAAACGUGACGUGGGAUGACUAAUCCAUACCCCAGAUCAUCAGGAGCAGCAAGUGCUGAAGAAAAGCAACAUUAACGCAACUAUUAACACAAGAUUCACUUGAGCGCUCAUAUAAUUAAAGUUAUACAACAUAAUAAGUAUAGACGCAGAAGCAAAUCGUACUCAUACAAGAACCAAUUUUCUCGUACAAGUAUCCGCAUAAAUUAGAUCUAUUUGUAUUUUUUAUACAUCUUUGUCCUGGAUAAAUGGUUUAUUUAUUUUGUAUAUUUUACCCAACACAUGACGAGUAACAGAUCUACUUUUCUAUUUAUAUUUAUUUAUGUAACCGAAAUGGCUACACUUGAUUUUAGCACAAAACAAAACUAUAACGCUUUCGACGGUAGUCCUUAAACAGCAAGUCAGGCGAACGGGAUUUGAUCAAAGCAACCCAGAUGCGAGGCACAAACGCAAUCCAAUCGCUCUAGAAGCAGUAUGCCAUGCCAUAAUAUUUCGUUUUUGCAGGCGUUGUAAUAAGGGUCUGUAGUUUGUAAAUAGCUUUAUAAUUUAAAGAUUAUAAUCAUUAAACAUACCCAAAGAUAGAAUGCGAUAGUAGUAAAAACAAACACUUCAAUCACGCACAUUUAUUUAUUGCAAGCAUGACAUGGUCAUUUCGCUUUUCCUUUCAUACUUUAUAGAGAAUACUUUCACAGUUAUAGAUCACUAUCGGAAUAACAGCUUGGACAAAAUCGCAAAUGGCUAUAGUUUGAACAAUUUAGCAAACACAUACAUUCCUGUCUUAGGUUUUCACUUAUUUCAUGCAUUGUGCACCACAAUCGUCCAAUCGAAAGUCAGCAGUGAAAAAAUCUAGAUCAACAUUUGAAAUAGGCGGAACAACCCAUCGUAAACAAUGGCUUUAAACGUAACUUUAUCAAGAACCAAAACACACCAAAGUCAGAUUGACAACAUUUGAUAGAGCCAUCUUGCUUUACCGAAUUGCAUUGUUAGUUUGCGUGAGUUUGUUUGAUUCUCGAGAAAUAUUAUAAGUUUAUUUUCCGCCUAUUUCAAUUGUUGGUCUAGAAAUAGCAGCAAUAGAACAUUUUCCCCGUGGCAAAUACCAACAACAUCGAGUACAAAAAACAAAGAACAACAAAAUCAAACAAGAGACAAGUAUUAUUCUUCGUACAUUCCUUGGUGUACAGAAAACAUUUGCCCCACGGCCGGAAAUUUGAUAACAAUCCAUCAAGCUAUGCAUGCCUGAUUCUUUCAGUAUUAUUUAUCCUUGCGCCAAUACCAUGCUCGGUAGGCCAAGAUGGAAAUGAGAUGCUUUUCCAGCAUUUCAAGUUGCACACUAGAACGCACGUAACAGUUUCUAAAACUUCUGACAAACGAUAUGCUUGAAGGACAUUUGUUGGUUAACUAGUAUCAUUCUCCAUUGCAAUCAACGUGUUUGCGAAUAAUCAUACGCACAGGAAAAUAGUUAAAUUAUGAGCCACUGAGGUUGAAAUUCAGUUAAACAAAAAAAAAACCUUUGACUCUGAUAUGGGACAACUUUGCAUAAUGUUAUACCUACGUUACUUAACGCACAACACGCCAAAUCAUGCCGCUUUUUCGUAGGAUUCAUGAAGCCGAAUACAGUUUAGAAAAAUGAGAUCAAUGCCAGCACACAUUUUAUGCAUAACUAAAAGAGGAAGAACCAUGACAUCAUUUGUGCCAAUUUUGUAGGGAAAAUGUAUGUUUGUACUAGAUUUUGUACGUUACUACACACAUGUCCUACUUGUCGUUCUCAUAGAAAUAAUCUAGUGACAACUAGAAAUGAAAUUCCUUUACAAAAACCAACAAAUCCGUUUUAUGAAAUUCAUCUCUUGUAGCUCUCGUGAUAGCUCCGUUUCGAUCUAGUUACACUCUGUCGAACGUCGAGUACAUACCCAAGUGAAACAAACACCGAUGAAACGACCAAAACAAUAUUUAAGAAAAAUGAAUAAUAACUUCGUACAAAUGAAACAUGUGUUAGAAAUCAACCAUAAGAUGUAAUCUCUAUUUUUUCUAAACUGUUGCAUUGCGUUGUUAGAAUUGUACGUAAAUUAUCAGCUUUAAUUAUCGGUUUCAACUGAUUUUGACAAUCGUUCCACUUGUUGGUUUAAUUGUAGUACAACACAGAUGCGAUUUUUUUUGUAUCAGUUCGUGAAUAAAAGCCAUAUGAACACAGCAGCCGAGAAACUCGAGACACAUCGCGCGACAGGCAAAUCACUGAUCUUUUUCAACAUUCUAAAACUCGCUCUAACUUUGCGAAAUCGAAAAAAAAAAUCUAACCAAAAUUGAAAUCUAGUCAUCGCAGCUGAAUCUAUUACCAAAUCUUCACUUGCGGCAAAUAAAAAAUGGCGCAACCAAAACAAUUAGAUUUAGUUCGAUUCAAACAGACGCCGAUUCGUUUUAAUAAUAUAUUUAAAAACCAAAGCCAUUAUAAAUACACGAUCAAAUCAAUAAUCUUUGUUGAUUGAUGCUUUCGUGAUUAAUUUAUCAUUUAUGACAUUGUACUUUCGUCAGAAACAACACUGUUCACUAAAACUUUGAUCUACUAUCAAUACAACAUAAGAUGGUAAUCUUGCGCAUUUAGCUAAAUAAUACAAAAUCCAUUCAAUGCAUAAUUUCCAAAUAAUGCUGCUAUUAUAAAACCAAUUGAAAAAUAAAAUAAAAGUUAGUAUAUAUUUGACGAAAUAUAUCCGCUUACAAAACAUUAUUAGUAUAUUUUUUGAAAACAAACCUAAGUAGUAGAAAGAACGAGAAAGUAAAGCAUAGUUUUAGUAGCUUAAAAAAGCAAGUCAUAACAAACAAAAUACAAAAAAAAAACUAUCGAAAGAUUGAAAGGAAAAAUUCUAGAAUAGUACUGUAAAAUACAGAGAAUAAACUUCAAACCUCCAACAACAACAAAAAAAAAACUUAUAUCAAACAACAUCAUCUCCAAAUCAAAGAGAUAAACAAUAUGAAAAUUCAAAUGAGACGAAUGAUUAAUAAAGUAAAAGUACCCAAAUUACUAAAAAAAAAACAAGCGUUAGAAAUUAGGCUCUAAAAUACCGAGCCUGUUGGAUCAAUUUUUCCAAACGGCACAUUAUUUAUUUCUUAUCUGAUGGUAACAAAGGGGGAAAAAUCGUGAAACCAAGUUGUCGAUGCACUAUUUAAAAAAAAAUGAGAAUGAUAAGAAUACGUUUAGUGAACAAAGCAAAAUUUAACUAUGUAGUCAUAAAUCGAAACAAAAAAUGAAACAAAACAAAACGUAGAUAUAAAAUCAAACAAAUACAUGAAAAACAAUACACACAAACGUGGUUAAAAUCAGCAAGAGAAAAGCAACAAAACUAGACAUUCAUCAUCAUUGCAUUAUUAUUCAAAUAAAACCGCAAAAGUGAAUCAUACACAGUUUUUUUCCUUUUUGAAAAAAGCAACAAAUUGUUAAUGAAGAAAAAGAACAACACGCAAAACAAAACAAAAAGUAAAACGAUCAUAAGCUAUACAACCUUAAAAAGUAAAAGUAAUAUAAUAUUAAUUGAUAAGGGAAAUAGUUCAGAAAAAAAAGAAAUCAAGUAAAAUGAAAGUCAGUAAAAUAGCGAAACAAAAACAACUACUUGAAGCAUCACUCUGUACGAAAAAAAAGAAAGAAAAAAGAAAUACAAUAGAGUUGCAAAAAAACAACACUUUAAUGAGAACAGACAAAAAGGUAAAAUAUAUAUUUAACUUAAUGUGUAUGUAAUUUUAUGUGUGAUGUAAAAAAUCGGAACAAAUAAAUGCGUUUUAGCCACUAAAGUCAUAAAACUAUCUAGAAA